UUUAGGUGAAUUUUUAGCGCGAUACUCACCGGAUGUGUUGGAUGGUCCAUCGCCCGUGAGUUAUGAUGGUAGGUGGACAACUGUAGGAUCCGACUCCGUCAACCAUGGACCCGAACCUCUUGAGCUCUCUCACGUUCUGAAUCACCUACCCUUCACACAACAAAAAAAGUUUCUCGGACAGUCAGUGCUCCGUUGUUUGGGUUUUCAUUUGAAUGGUGGAUACCAGAAUUCGUGGUUGAUUUUUCUGGGAUAUACGUUUAUCGGAAACCUGUACAGAUUGUUAAAUUUUCGAUUUCGAUCCUUCGUGUUUUUGUAUUUCAGUCACAGAAUUCAGACGAACAAAGGAAGUAUUCGAUUUUGAGUAACUGAGGCAGUGUGUGUUUUAAACGUAUUGCGGUGCUUCGUGCUUGGAGCUUUAUCUGAUCAUCAAUGCCGGAUCUCAAUGAACGCCUACUCCCGCCAAAACCCGCAUCGGCUAUGAACCUUAGAGAUGCAGUGAAUCGGCCUUCUGCAUCAGGGCGCCAACCUUUCCAAGGUGUAGACGUUUCGGGGUUGAAGAAACGGGGCCAAGGUCUUCGGUCUUGGAUUCGCGUUGAUGCGUCUGGGAAUUCCCAGAUUAUUGAAGUCGAUAAGUUUAGUAUGAUGCGUCGUUGUGAUCUUCCUGCUCGCGAUAUUCGUCUCCUGGAUCCUCUCUUCGUUUACCCCUCCACGAUUCUUGGGAGAGAGAAGGCAAUUGUUGUGAAUUUAGAGCAAAUUCGAUGUAUCAUCACAGCAGAUGAGGUUCUGCUCUUGAAUUCACUUGAUAGCUACGUGUUGCAGUACGUGGUGGAGCUGCAACGGAGACUGACAACGGCUGGGCCUGGUGAUGUUUGGCAGUCUGAUGGGAACAGAAGACGAAGUAGGAAUAAUUUCGACAAUAUGUUUGGCAACACAUCCCCUGAUUACUUGCCCUUUGAGUUUAGGGCUCUUGAAGUUGCUCUGGAAGCUGCUUGUACGUUUCUUGAUUCUCAGGCAGCAGAGUUAGAGAUUGAAGCAUAUCCAUUACUAGAUGAACUGACAUCAAAGAUCAGUACAUUAAACUUGGAGCGUGCUCGUCGAUUGAAAAGUAGACUUGUUGCAUUGACUCGUAGAGUGCAGAAGGUUAGGGAUGAGAUAGAGCAGCUAAUGGAUGAUGAUGGAGAUAUGGCUGAAAUGUAUCUCACUGAGAAGAAAAGACGAAUGGAAUCUUCAUUUUGUGGUGAUCAGUCAUUGAUGGGAUUCCGACCAAAUGAUGGUGUGCAGUCUAUUUCUGCUCCAGUUUCUCCUGUUUCUUCACCUCCUGAUUCCCGGAGGUUGGAGAAGAGCUUGAGUAUUGCAAGGAGUCGGCAUGAUAGCAUGAGGAGUUCAGAAACUACAACAGAGAGUAUAGAAGAGCUGGAAAUGUUGCUCGAAGCGUAUUUUGUUGUCAUUGAUAGCACCCUGAACAAAUUGACAUCGUUGAAAGAGUACAUUGAUGACACAGAGGAUUUCAUAAACAUUCAACUGGAUAAUGUCCGUAACCAGCUGAUUCAGUUUGAGUUGCUACUCACAACUGCAACCUUUGUUGUUGCCAUCUUCGGGGUGGUAGCUGGCGUCUUUGGCAUGAAUUUCGAAGUGCCAAUGUUUCACAACCCUCACGCAUUUAAGUGGGUUCUCAUAAUUACUGGAAUUUGUGGGAUCUGCGUAUUCUGUGCAUUUGUGUGGUUCUUCAGGUAUAGAAGACUCAUGCCUCUGUAGAUGUAUUAGGAAAUUUCUAUAAGAAAUGUAGUACUACAGUUAUUCUUAAAUUAUGCUUUUCAUAGGUAAAUGAAAAGGCGAAAAUGGAGAAGAUGGCUAUUUCUUUGAGCAAUGUUUCUGAAAUUCGUUCAAAGCUUACUACUGCCCACCUUCCUGUGACAUUUUGUUCCUGGAUUCAAUCUGUGUUGUGAAAGAUUUCUGCAAAAAUUAUGAAAGCAAAACCAGCAUAGGAAUGUGAUGGUAUAAGAAAUCAUGUAGCAGAAGAGCUUUAUUGGCCUGUUUUUUUCCAUGUAAUCCUGAGGAUAUGGUAAAUUAACAGCAGCAGUUACAUUUCCUAAA